GUUUUUGUCAAGCAGGCAAGGAUUUACGAUUAGUAUCUCUGUGCAUGGAGCAAAUUGAUAUUCCAGCAGGCUUCCUGUUAGUAGGAGCCAAAUCUCCCAACCUUCCUGAGCAUAUUCUAGUCUGUGCUGUUGACAAGCGGUUUUUGCCAGAUGAUCAUGGAAAAAAUGCACUUUUAGGAUUUUCUGGGAAUUGUAUAGGCUGUGGAGAAAGAGGAUUUCGGUACUUCACAGAGUUUUCCAAUCAUAUCAACCUGAAAUUAACCACUCAGCCAAAGAAGCAGAAGCACUUAAAGUACUACCUAGUAAGAAGCUCCCAAGGUGUACUGUCAAAGGGGCCCCUUAUUUGCUGGAAAGAAUGUAGAAGCAGGCAAUCAUCUGCUGCUAGCCUCUCUGCUAAACCAAAUUCUUCGGUGUCACCGUCCACGACCCCAGAGGGUGGAUCAGCUAAUGGAUACAAAUCAGGGUUCACUCAGACAGAUUCUUCAGUAUUUAGUCCAGCAAAAUCAUCUUCUGCUGUUAACUUAAGUGGAACUCAAGACCCAUCCCGGAACAAGAACAUUGUGAAACCUCUGGCUCUGUCAGUACAGCUUGUAGGAAAGUCAUUUGCCGCAGCUCCUCUUUCACUGCAUGCCACUGACGUUGCUAAUGGAAACACUAAUGGAGGAAGAAAUGUGUUGAGUUCUACAGUCUCUCGGCCAGUUCCUCACUCAACGUCUCCAAAUCCUGGCUGUGCAGCUGGAGACCAAGCUUCAAUGUCCAGUUCUGGACCACCAAAGAAACGUCACCGGGGAUGGUCUCCUGGAUCCCCAGUCCCACCUACUGGUUUAGCGGUAUCUGUUCCUACAAUUCGGCCUUCAGGAAGAACAGAGCCUCUUUUGUCAGUCCCAGUUCCUCAAUCCAUAUUAACUGGAAUUUUACAGCCUCAACCCAUCCCAGCAGGGGAGACUGUAAUAGUUCCUGAAAACCUGCUGAAUAACUCGGGAGUCAGACCAGUGAUUCUGAUAGGUUAUGGCACUUUACCUUAUUUCUAUGGGAAUGUCGGUGAUAUCGUUGUAAGUCCCUUGCUGGUGAACUGCUACAAGAUUCCACAGCUGGAAAACAAGGAUUUGGAUCUCUUAGGUUUGACCAGCAGUCAGCUGCUAAGUGUGGAGAAUAUGAUACUUUUAACUAUUCAGUAUCUUGUCCAACUAGGUCCUGACCAGAUACCCCUGAGGGAGGAAUUUGAGCAGAUCAUGUUGAAAGCUAUGCAGGAGUUCACUCUGAGAGAGCGAUCCUUGCAGAUGAGUGCACAGUGUAUCUCUGUGUCACCAGGUCAGCUCCCUUGGCUGGCUAGGUUAAUCGCUAGCGUGUCCCGGGACCUUGUACACGUGGUCAUUACUCAGAAUUCGCUGGCGGAGGGCAUCUCGGAGACCUUGAGGUCCCUCAAUGAAAUGAAACAUCAGCAAAAGCUACCAGAUUAUGUAGUUGCCAUUUGUGCGUCAAAGAUAAGAGGAAACGAAUUCUGCGUAGUAGUCCUAGGUCAAUAUCAAUCCAGGGCACUUGCAGAAAGCAUGCUUACCACCAGUGAAUUUUUAAAAGAGAUCAGUUAUGAGCUCAUCACGGGGAAAGUUAGUUUCCUGGCAUCGCAUUUCAAAAAUACUUCUUUAGGUGAUGAUUUGGACAAGCUGCUGGAGAAAAUGCUACAACAGCGAGGGGAAAGUGUCAUUAUUCCUUUUAAUGGAGAUGUUAGCGAGUGUGUGUCAUCUCAGGAGGCAAUUGCUAUGGUUUCUACGCAAGAACCAGAUUUGGAUGUUGAUACCUUCCAAAUUUACCAGCCACAGCUUACAGUUGCCAGAAAGCUCUUGUCCCAGGUUUGUGCUAUAGCAGACAGUGGCAAUCAGAGCCUGGAUCUGGGCCACUUCAGCAAAGUAGACUUCAUCGUUAUAGUUCCCCGAUCAGAAGUGCUGGUGCAGCAGACGCUUCAACGGAUCCGACAAUCAGGUGUUCUUGUGGACUUGGGCCUAGAAGACAAUGGAACAGCGUAUCAGAGAGCUGAGAAAUACGUGGUUCGUCUAGACAAUGAGAUUCAAACAAAAUUUGAAGUUUUCAUGAGACGAGUGAAGCAGAAUCCCUACACGCUGUUUGUGCUGGUCCAUGACAAUGCCCACGUGGAUUUAACAAGUGCCAUUUCAAGUUCCCUGUCACAUGGUGAGCCUAGUCAUGGUCUGGCUGAUAGAGUUAUUAAUUGCAGGGAGGUCCUUGAAGCAUUCAACCUGCUUGUUCUUCAGGUCAGCUCUUUUCCUUAUGCCUUGCAAACGCAGCAGUCCAGAAUCAGCUCUAGCAAUGAGGUACAUUGGAUACAAUUUGAUGCCAUGGAUGACACAGCCAGUGAAGACAAGCUGUACUUUGGUUUGAAUGAGUACAGCAAAUCCCUCCAGUGGGGAGUCACAAGUCCUCUUCUGAGAUGUGAUGAGACUUUUGAAAAAAUGGUCAACACACUUUUAGAAAGGUACCCCCGGCUGCACAGCAUGGUGAUUCGCUGCUACCUUCUCAUUCAGCAGUAUUCCCAGGCUCUGAUGGCUCUCACCACGGUGGCCUCACUAAGAGAUCACAGCACACCCGAAACGCUCAGCAUAAUGGACGACCUCAUCACCUCUCCAGGAAAGGAUAAGAACGGCUGCGGCCACAUGCUCGUCAUUAGGGUGCCGUCUGUGCAGCUGGCCAUGCUGGCCAAGGAGAGGUUACAAGAAGUAAGAGACAAGUUAGGUCUGCAGUAUCGUUUUGAGAUCCUCCUCGGGAAUCCUGCCUCAGAGCUCACUGUCGCGAAACACUUUGUGAUGCGGUUGAAGGCUUGGAGGGGAAAUGAGCAGGAUGACUGGAUCCCUCGGACCUAUCAGGAUUUAGAAGGUCUACCUUGCAUUGUUAUUCUGACUGGCAAGGACCCUCUAGGAGAAACUUUCCCCAGGUCGCUGAAAUACUGUGACCUUCGACUAAUUGACUCAAGCUAUUUAACUCGGACUGCGUUAGAGCAAGAAGUAGGCCUGGCAUGCUGUUAUGUCUCGAAGGAGGCAAUUCGAGGGCCUAUUGUAGCUCUUGACCUUAGCGAGAAGGAGCAUGAGAAGGCUAAUGGUAGUGAGAAUGACUCUGACGAGCUGUUGAUAGACUUGGACCGACCCCAGAGUAAUAGCAGCGCUGUCACUGGAACCUCAGGCUCCCUGGCAGACAAUGGUGUGAGCUCCUCAAGUGCUGCAGACAAAUCUCAGAAGCAAGCACCGUCACUUAACUUCCAGACUGUGGUGCACAGCUCAGUGGAUGAGGGAACUUACCCCAGUUUCACAGCUGGAGACACCCUGAAACAAGAAUGUGACUCCCUGGGUAACCAGAUGGCGAGCAGCACCACUUCAAAACUAUCGUCGCUGUCUUCGGUCUCCCAGACGUUUCGGUGGCCUAGCCAUUCGUCCAAAGACAGCAAGGCCCUCCGUGCUGCGCUGCCGCGCAUUGUCAUCCUGUCGAAAGCUGCCUACUGCCUCCUGAGCUCGCAGAAGAGUGGGAAUUUGCCUUCCUCCUCUUCCCUCCUGCCUCACGCUGACGUGUCGUGGUUGAGCUCUCUGAGGCCUCUGCUUCACAAGGACAUGAACAGUGAAGAGCAGUCUCUCUACUACAGGCAGUGGACAACAGCCCGGCAGCACCACGCGGACUUUAGCAAUCAGGGUGAGACAUCUGGCUCCAGGAGUUUUCACCCCAGGCGGCUGCUUUUGACGGGACCACCACAAGUGGGAAAGACUGGCUCAUACUUGCAGUUCCUACGGAUUCUGUUCCGCAUGCUGAUCCGGUUGCUGGAAGUAGAUGUGUACGAUGAGGAAGAGAUAAAUGCCAAUCAUACAGAAAACAGUGAAAUCACACAGUCUAGCAAUGACCGCUGGCCGGACAUUGAGAUCUUCAGCAAAAUGUCUUUUGACCUGAGCGUACAUGACCCCAAGUACAGAACUAUAAGUCCCGUGUACACAGAAAAACUCUCAAGAGUGAAACAAGAAACAAGCAAAGAAACAAAAUCAGAGGAACCUAAGAAAAGAGAGACCGUGUCCAUGAUGUUGACAAAAUAUGCAGCUUACAAUACGUUCCAUCACUGUGAGCAGUGCCAUCAGUAUAUGGACAUCAAUCCUGCCGCACAGAUAUCUGACUCCACCCUGCAUGCAUUCACGUUUUCAUCCUCGAUGCUAGGAGAAGAGGUUCAACUGCAUUUUAUAAUCCCCAAGUCCAAAGAGAACCAUUUUGUCUUCAGCAAGCAGGGGAAACAUCUCGAAAGCAUGCGUCUCCCACUCGUUUCUGACAAGAAUCUGAAUGCAGUCAAAAGUCCUAUCUUCACUCCGUCGAGUGGACGUCAUGAACAUGGCCUCUUGAACCUCUACCAUGCCAUGGAAGGCAUCAGCCACCUUCACCUCCUUGUAGUCAAGGAGUAUGAAAUGCCACUGUACCGUAAAUACUGGCCCAACCACAUCAUGCUUGUCCUGCCAGGCAUGUUCAACAACGCCGGCGUUGGUGCUGCCAGGUUUCUUAUCAAGGAGCUUUCCUACCACAAUCUAGAACUGGAACGAAACCGCUUGGAGGAGCUGGGAGUCAAGCGCCAGUGUGUGUGGCCCUUCAUUGUGGUCAUGGACGACUCCUGUGUCUUGUGGAACAUGCACAGUGUCCACGAGCAGUCGAGCCAGUCCCUGGAACCCGGGUGUUCCAGCAAGAGUGUCCUGCAGCACAUUGAAGCCACCCCCAAAAUUGUUCAUUAUGCAAUACUGGGUGUCCAGAAAUGGAACAGCAAACUGAAUGCCAGGAAAGCAAAGGCUCCGUUUUCCAGGUGCCACGUGCGCGAUUUUAUACUGCUCAACAUAGACCUGACCCAGAAUGUGCAAUAUGAUCAAAACAGGUAUUUCUGUGAAGAUGUAGAUUUUAACCUGCGGACGAACAGCAGCGGCCUGCUCAUCUGCCGCUUCAACAACUUCAGUGUCAUGAAGAAACACAUUCAGGUUGGAGGACAGAAGGACUUUGUUGUUAAGCCAAAAAUCAUGGUUUCCGAGAGCCUGGCACCAAUAAUGCCUCUUCAGUACGUCUGCGCCCCUGACAGUGAGCACACAUUGUUGGCAGCCCCGUCUCAGUUCCUCCUGGAGAAAUUCCUUCAACAUGCAACGUACAAACUCUUCCCGAAGGCCAUUCAUAACUUCAAGAACCCGGUGUUGGCCAUCGACUGCUACCUGAACAUCGGGCUCGAGGUGGCUGUGUGCUACGUUAGCUCCCGCCCGCACUCAGUCAAUGUCAACUGCGAAGGGGUGUUCUUCAGCGGACUUCUGCUCUACCUCUGUGACUCCUUCGUCGGUGCGGACCUCCUCAAGCAGUUCCGGUUUCUGAAAGGUGCCACCUUAUGUGUCAUAUGUCAAGACAGAAGCUCGUUACGGCAGACGAUAGUCCGGUUGGAGUUGGAGGAUGAGUGGCAGUUCCGACUUCGGGAUGAGUUUCAAACUGCUAACAGUAGUGAUGACAAACCACUCUAUUUUCUUACCGGACGCCACAUAUAA